UGGACCCGCGGCAAAGUAAUCAUACAAUUUUUCGAAUUAAAUUCCUUGGAAAGUAUUCAAAUUCAUUCAGUAAGUAAAUAGUUAAGGAAGAGUUCAUGCGAAUCGUGUAUAUAAUAAGAUAAAGGAACUGAAGGAUCUUUCUUACUCGCUCCUCAUAUGUUUCUUUAAUGGCGGAUGGCCAAGGAUUAAAAAGAUCAUUUUUUAUUCUUUAUUUCAGAACGAGCCUUUGAUAGAAGAUUUAAGCAUGACUGGAGUAGAUGUUGUAGCUAUUUUAUUGAUCCUGGGAAACUGCGUGCUUAUUUCGGCUCAGGAAUGUACCCAAGUCGAUCCCAGGAACAUCAGCUGUGCCUGUUUAUUUGGCGGACUGGAAAUUGUUUCUGUAGCUAAUGUGACAGUUCGGGAUGAGAAUUGUAACGCGAUGCAAAAUAAGUGAGCAUGCCACGUGCGAAAUAUUCCAAGAGCUACGUUCUCUUCAUGCUGAAUCCAGACGUACCUGGUUAUCAACCUGAAAAUUUUCAUAAUCAUCUAAUACUCAGCGAGAUUCCUGGAAAUGAGCUGCAGGACGGGCUUCUGAAGAAUGUGGCGACGACCCUCUGUUAUCGUGAACCGGAUCCACCCUCGACGACAGGAAUUCAUCGUUACAUGUUUCUGGUGUACGAACAACAAAAUCCAAGCGUCAACCUUAAGUCGGUGCCUGAUGAUCGUCGCGGUAACUGGUCCCUCGCUGACUACGUGUCAAGUCAGGAGACAAAGUUAUGUGGACCAGUAGCUGGCACACAAUUCCGCACCAGGGCGUGAACUCCAUCGGUUUUCAAAGUACCACAAAAUUUGACUAAC